GCUGCCAGAAGGGCUCCCGUUGAGUGCGCAGCACCAGCGUGUGUCAUGUCUUGGCUGCGUUUCUGGGGCCCAUGGCCCCUCCUUACGUGGCAACUGUUGCGUCUACUAGUCAAGGAGGCUCAGCCUCUGGUGUGGGUCAAGGACCCACUCCAGCUGACCUCUAACCCCAUGGGGCCACCUGAGCCCUGGUCUUCCUGCUCCUCCCAUCUCUCGUGGGAAUCUCCCCAUGCACCUGCUCCCCCAGCAGCCCCAGGGGACUUUGAUUAACUAGGGCCCUCUGCUUCUUCGCAGAUGUCAGCCCUGCCCCAGGAAUUGACUGAAAAUUUGGCUCCAUUCCUGGACACGGAUUCAGCUGGAGAGCUGCCCCUGGGGCCAGAGCAGUUCUUGGCUGCACAUCAGGAUUUAAAUGACAAGCUGACUCCGCAAGAAAGGCUCCCAGAGGUUUCAAAACCAACUAAAUUUGUUUCGCCCAAGAACCUGAAGAAAGAUCUAGCUGAGCGUUGGAGCCUUGCUGAGAUUGUUGGGAUUCUACACCAAUUAUCCAAACCUCAGCAUCAGAAACAGACUUUGCAGGAUGGAUAUUCGAGUAUGGACACACUAUAUCCCGGCAGCCUGCCUCCAGAACUCCGGGUGAACGCAGAUGAGCCUCCAGGGUCAACUGAGCAAGUUGGACUUUCUCAAUUCCAUCUAGAGCCUGAAACUCAAAAUCCAGAGACCCUGGAAGACAUCCAGUCCUCUUCACUCCAGGAAGAAGCCCCAGCACAGCUUCCACAGCUCCCUCAGGAGGUAGAACCUUCGACCCAGCAGGAGGCCCCAGCUCUGCCUCCAGAGUCCUCUAUGGAGAGUCUAGCUCAAACUCCACUGAAUCAUGAAGUGACAGUUCAACCUCCAGGUGAGGAUCAAGCUCAUUAUAACUUGCCCAACAUUACAGUUAAACCUGCAGAUGUGGAGGUUACUGUGACUUCAGAGCCCAAAAAUGAGACAGAAUCUUCCCAAGCCCAGAAGAAGGCCCCAAUUCAUCCUCCAGAGGAGGUGGAACCUUCUGCAACCCAACAGGAGGCCCCAACUGAGCCGCCAGGUCCUCCCACGGAGCCUGAACUUUCCCCCAGUGAGCAGGAGCAGCCAGCUCAGCCUUCUGAGUCUUCUGGGGAGGUUGAAUCUUCUCCAGCCCAGCAGGAUGCCCCAGCUCAGCCUCCAGAACAUCAUGAAGUCCCAGUUUCACCUCCAGGUCACCGUCAGACUCAGCAUUCAGAUUUUCCCAGUGUCUCUGUUAAGCCUCCAGACAUGCAGCUCACCAUAGCAACAGAGCCUAGUGCAGAGGUGGAAACUUCUCCAGUCCACCAGGAAGCUAUAGCUCAGCUCUCAGGUCCAGGUAAUGUAGAACCUCCUGCCAUCCAGCACGGGGGCCCACCUCUACCUCCAGAGUCAUCAGAAGUUGGACGUUUAGCAAUUCAAUAGGCGACUUCAGUUCAAUCUCUGGAACCUAUUAAUAAUGAGAACCUCUCUCCAACCCAGCAGGAGGCUGCAGCUGAGCAUCCACAGACUGCUGAGGAGGGUGAGUCUUCUCUAACCCAGCAGGAGGCCCCAGCUCAGCUUCCAGAGCCACCUAAGGAAUUUGCUGCUCAACCUCCAGCUCAUUAUGAGGUGACAGUCCCAACACCAGGCCAGGGUCCAGCUCAGCCUUCAACAUUGCCCAGUGUCACUGUUCAACCUUUGGAUCUGGGACUUACCAUCAUUCCAGAAUUCAUGACAGAGGUUGAACUUUCUCCCAUCAUGCAGGAGACCCCAACUCAGCCUCCUAAGAAAAUUGUACCCCAACUUGUAGUAUGUCGAGUGGUAACAAUUCCAACACCAGGUCAGGAUCAAGCUCAGCAUCCAAUGUCACCCAGAAUUACAGUUCAACCUUUGGACAUGGGACUUACCAUCACUCCAGAACCCACUACGGGGGUUGAACAUUCUACACCCCUGAAGAGGACUAUAGUUCCUCCAAAGCACCUUAAGGUGAUACUUCCACAUCCAGACCAGGUUCAGACUCAGCAUUCACACCUGACUGAAGCCACAGUUCAACCUUUGGAUCUGGGGCUUACCAUCACUCCAGAAUCCACAACAGAGGUUGAAUCUUCUACAGCCCUGAUGACUACAGCUCCUCCUCCAGAACACCCUGAGGUGACCCUUCCACCUUCAGACAAGGGUGAGGCUCAGCAUUCACACCUGACUGAAGCCACAGUUCAACCUCUGGACCUGGAGCUUAGCAUAACUACAGAGCCUACUACAGAGGUUAAACCGUCUCCAACCACGGGGGAAACCUCAGCUCAGCCUCCAGACCCGGGGCUUGCCAUAACUCCAGAACCCACUACAGAGAUUGGACAUUCCACAGUCCUGGAGAAGACUACAGCUCCUCGUCCAGACCAGGUUCAGACUCUGUAUUGAAGCCUGACUGAGGUCACAGGUCCACCUAAAAAGUUAGAAUCUUCGCAGGAUUCGUUGGUGCAGUCUGAAACUGCACCAGAGGAACAGAAGGCCUCCACAAGCACCAACAUAUGUGAGCUCUGUACCUGCAGAGAUGAGACUCUGUCAUGUGUUGGUCUGAGCCCAAAGCAGAGGCUCCACCAAGUGCCUGUGCCAGAGCCCAACACCUACAAUGGCAUCUUCACCACCUUCCUCCUGAGCUGCAUUGAGGCUGUCUGCAAGACAGUCAAGCUGCAUUGCAACUCAUGUCUGACUAACACCAUACAUUGUCCUGAAGAAGCAUCUGUAGGGGAUCCAGAAGGAGUGUUAGUGAAGGCAUUGCAAGCCUGGAAGCAGCACACAAGCACUGAGCUGACUAUUGAGUCGGAGGCGCCCUCAGACAGCAGCGGCAUCAAGUUGUCAGGCUUUGGGAGUGAGCAGCUAGACACUAACGACGAGAGUGAUGUUAUCAAUGCACUAAGUCACAUCUUGCCUUAUUUCUCAGAAGGAAAUCUAGAUGAAGAAUCGAUAAUGUUAUCAUUCGCUAAACUGCUUUUUUCAAAUGAAAACAGCCUGGCAAAGAUCCAAAGUGUAGGCAAAAACCUGCAGAGAGUGAACAGAGUCCUCAUAGGCCCAAGGAGCAUCCAGAAAAGACACUUCGAAGAGGUGGGAAAGCACAGCACUAGAAAAGAACAGGAUGCCCAGGCAUUUGUGGACAAUGUUGCCAAAGAAAAAAGGCUUGAGAGUCCAGCCCCAAGGGAGCUGGAACAGCCUCACAUAGUGCAGGGGCCUGAAAAGGUAGCGGGAAACACCAUCUACGCCAAGCCUUUGUUCGCCCAGGAGCAUAAGGCAGCAGUAUCCUCUAUGCUGAAACCCUUCUCCAUGGGCGUGCCUUCUGCCUCUAGCCCUGCAAAAGCCCUACCUCAGGUCAGAGACAGAUCAAAAGACUUAGCCUACACCAUUUUAAUUUUAGAAAUGGCAAUGGCUAGGGUUAAAAACAUGGAGGCUGCUAAACCAAUCGCACAUUCCAGAAAAAAAUACCGCUUUUAUAAAACUCGCUCCCGUGUGGCCCACAGAACACCCAAGGCCAAAAAGAUUAGAAAGUUUAGAAAGGGCAGUUAUCUCAAUAGACUGAUGCUCGCAAAGAGGCUGCCGUUCUCUGCAGAGAAGAGCCUCAUAAAUUCACAAGGGGUUUUUUCAUCCUUAGGAGACCUGAGUCCUCAAGAAAACCCUCUUCUGGAAGUAUUUGCCCCUUCAGAAUGUUUUAGAGAAAUGUCACGACGACGAGGAUGGGGACCCUAUCUUCGGAGCCUGAGGAUCCAGCACAGGUCCAGCUCUGUGCAGCUGCCUGCCAAGCCGCCAGAGGACAAGCCGGACGCCGAAGGCUACGAGUGGACGAUUGCAGUUAGUUUCCAACUCGCCGACUUCUCACCCCUCCACUGGCUCCGGCUUGGCAGUCCUGGUUUCGGGGUGCCCUUGGUCCCUCCCCCUCGCGUCGUCGCGUUCUCCCUUGGCGUAACCCCCAGCCGCGGGGCCGCAGACCCCUAA